AUGAGUGCUGAGGCCAACCCACUGGGCGAACUGCCAGUCGGGGCGUUCGAGGAGCUGUCGAUAGAGACGGUGGACAAGCCUCCGAAAGAAACUGCUCCCAUCCGAAAGCCGCAGACCAAGCCACGCCAAAAGUCCUACAAGCACCCAUGGCUCACCUUGACCACCCCUUGCGGUGACCCCUGGCCGAGACCGUACUUCUUUGAGGGUGGCCUGCGGCGUGUCGAGCCGUAUUACUAUACCUACAAUACCUGGGUCAAGGAGAGGUGGCGUGGCCGGGUCCUGAUCGAUGUGUUCGAGAGUGAAUUCCGGGACAGGCCCUUGGCGUACUACAGAUCGGCCAUGGAGAGGGGCCUGGUGCUCGUCAACGGCAAGGUCGUUGGGCCCGAUCAUGUACUGAAGAACGGCGAGAUGGUGUCUCAUACUCUGCAUCGUCAUGAACCGCCAGUGACUCAAGAUCCCGUGGGCAUCAUCUACGAGGAUAACGAGAUGGUCGUUAUCAACAAGCCCGCCGGUGUUCCCGUCCAUCCCGCAGGCCGCUACAACUUUAAUUCCGUCGUGGAGAUCAUGAAGUCUGAGCGAGGGCCGGAAUGGAUUCCUUACCCUUGCAAUCGACUGGACCGCUUGACCAGCGGCAUCAUGUUCAUUGCCAAAACCCCAAAGGCGGCCGAGCGUCUCAGCACCCAGAUCCAGUCGCGAUCCGUGAGGAAGGAGUAUGUGGCCCGUGUCAUCGGAAAGUUUCCGGAUGGCGAGGUUGUUUGCAAUCAACCUAUUUUACAGAUAUCGCCCAAGCUAGGGCUCAACCGCGUGAGAGCUAAUGGCAGGCAUGCCAGAACCGUAUUCAAGAGGCUUGCGUACUAUCCCCCGGAAGCGUCAGGCUCCGGAGAAGGCGGCCCAACGGCAGAAGCGCUCUCCGAGGCGGAGCGCGCUGGGCAGCCGUGGAAAGCCAAGCAGGGCUACUCAAUUGUGCGCUGUAUGCCAGUGACGGGUAGAACGCACCAGCUCAGGGUGCAUCUCCAGCACCUGGGCCAUCCGAUUGAGAACGACCCAAUCUAUGCCAACCAGAGGGUGUGGGGCAUCGACCUUGGGCGGGACGAUCCUGAUGCUAGCAAAAACACUGACGACGACAUCAUGACCAGGCUGGCGCGCAUGGGCAAGGAAGAGGUUGCGGACGCCGUGGCCUAUUACGACGAGAUGGUCGACAAAUACCACGAAAAGAAGGCGGAGAAAAUGUCCGGCGCACUCUGCGAGCUGUGCGACGCACCGCUCUACACAGAUCCUGGCGAGCACGAGCUGGCGCUUUGGCUUCACAGCCUGCGGUAUGAGGAUGCGGACGGGAAGUGGUCCUACACCAGUCCGCUGCCAAAGUGGGCUCUUCCACCCCAAGGCACGAGUGGGCCUGUGGAAGUUGGUGGUAUGGAAGAGCUGGUCGAAGCUGUCAAAAACGAGGAGGGCCCAGAGGUGGCAUCGUGA